GCCUCAAGUGCAAGCGCAUACAGACAGCCAUAAACGAACAGACACGUACGCAAAUCCAAGGUUUUGAGACAGCAUCCAUGGCGGCGGCGACGACGAUCCAGUCGGUGAAGGCGCGGCAGAUCUUCCAACCGUCGAGGUGGAUAUUGGCCUCAGUGACGGAAGCUUCGCCAGGGGCGCCGUGCCCAGCGGCGCCUCCACCGGUAUCUACGAGGCCUUGGAGCUGAGGGACGGGGGCUCUGAUUACCUCGGCAAAGGUGUCCUCAAGGCGGUGAACAACGUAAACGCCAUCAUCGGGCCGGCGCUGAUCGGGAAGGACCCGACGGAGCAGACCGACAUCGACAACUUCAUGGUCCAGCAGCUCGACGGGACCUCCAACGAGUGGGGCUGGUGCAAACAAAAGCUCGGGGCAAACGCCAUCCUCGCGGUGUCGCUCGCGGUGUGCAAGGCCGGUGCCAUGGUCAAGAAGAUCCCUCUUUACCAGCACAUUGCAAACCUUGCGGGGAACAAGACCCUCGUGCUGCCCGUGCCUGCUUUCAAUGUGAUCAACGGAGGCUCUCACGCCGGGAACAAGCUCGCCAUGCAGGAGUUCAUGAUCCUUCCGACCGGCGCCGCCUCGUUCAAGGAGGCCAUAAAGAUGGGAGUUGAGGUGUACCACCACCUCAAGAGCAUAAUCAAGAAGAAGUAUGGCCAAGACGCUACAAACGUUGGGGAUGAAGGUGGCUUUGCACCUAACAUUCAGGAAAACAAGGAGGGCCUGGAACUGUUGAAGGCAGCUAUAGCCAAGGCUGGCUACACUGGAAAGGUGGUCAUUGGAAUGGAUGUUGCUGCUUCUGAAUUCUACAGCGAGAAGGACCAGACCUAUGACCUGAAUUUCAAGGAGGAUGUGAAUCAGAUAGGCUCGGUGACUGAGAGCAUCGAGGCCGUGAGCAUGUCGAAGCGCGCCGGGUGGGGAGUGAUGGCGAGCCACAGGAGUGGUGAGACAGAGGACACCUUCAUCGCCGACCUCUCGGUCGGCCUGGCCACGCCUUCGGCUGAAACAGAGCUUCAAAUCCUUACACUUUUUACUGCAUUGGGUGACACCAUGGUCAUAUCUUUCUCCGCUUGCUUGUUGCAGGGCCAGAUCAAGACUGGAGCUCCCUGCAGGUCCGAGCGUCUGGCCAAAUACAACCAGCUGCUGAGGAUAGAGGAGGAGCUCGGCGACGCGGCGGUGUACGCCGGAGCGAACUUCAGGGCGCCGGUGGAGCCCUACUGAAAAGAAGCCAGCUUGCUGCAGGACUUGUUGAAUGGGUCUGGAGGAAGGGAUGGACCAUGAGUUCUUGUGGUGCUGCUAGUUCUAUUAUUACUGCUCUUGUCAUUACUCAUACGGUUUUCCUGUUCUGCCGAUGGGCAGAUUAGCGGUGUGUUUUCAUUCCUCUUAAAUAAAACAGUUUCUACUCUUCUGACAA